GAAUGAAUGAAGUCAUUCCUGUUCCCCGCUGCUUUCCUCUGACCCCGUGCUGAUUCAUGCCCUCAGCCUGCAGGCCUGAGCCAUGUCGAUGCGUGCAGCCCUCCUGAACCGCCAUGUAGCUGGAGGCUGCCACAGGUUGUUGUGUGGUGUUCCUCAGCAGCUCGUUCAUAUCAGAUCAGCAAGUGAAACGCAGGCCGGCACAAGGAGAUCUGGUGACGAACAGGUCUGGGACGAAGCAAACUACCUCCCGUUCUCCAGAGCCAGGAUAGGAUCCUUCUUUCAAGAAAGGCCUGUGCUGAGGAACCCGUUUCUAGAGGAUGCCUUGCUCAGGGGAUACCUGAGGAGACACCUGCCCCAAGAGGCAGCUUGCUUGGACUUGUGUGCAUUUGGAGAGCGCGUGGCGAUUGAGGUGGACACGUGGGGCAGAGAGUGUGAGCUCACCCCACCACAGUUGAAACACUUUGAUCCCUGGGGUAACAGAGUGGACCACAUUGUGACCUCACCCGCAUGGAAACGCAUGAAAGACCUGUCGGCACAGGAAGGACUGGUUGCCAUCGGCUAUGAGAGGCCGUGUGGGGAGUGGAGUCGUGUUUACCAGAUGAGCAAGCUGUACAUCUACUCCCCCUCCUCUGGCCUUUACACCUGUCCUCUGGCCAUGACUGACGGAGCUGCUAAAGUCAUUCAGUCCAUAGGGGCUUCGUGGCCGGUAGAUGAAGCCUACAGUCGUUUGACCACUCGUCUACCUGAGCGCUUCUGGACGUCUGGACAGUGGAUGACAGAGAGACAGGGAGGAUCUGAUGUAGCCAGCGGCACCGAGACGGUGGCUGUUCCCCAAUCAGAUGGUUCAUACAAACUUCACGGUUUCAAGUGGUUCACCUCCGCCACAGACGCAGACAUGACUCUCACACUGGCCAGAGUGCAGGACAGAACGGGAGCCACCACACCAGGCAGCAGGGGUUUGUCUCUGUUCUAUGCAGAGGUGAGUCGAGACCAGGCUGGCCGGCUGAGGGGGAUAGAGGUUCAGAGACUGAAGGACAAGCUGGGCACACGACAGAUGCCGACUGCUGAGCUACUGCUGGAUGGUCUCCCGGCACACAGGCUGUCAGAUGAAGGGAGAGGUGUGGCCUCCAUCGCCAACAUGCUGACGAUAACCAGGAUCCACAACAGCAUCUCCGCAGCAGCCGCGAUGAGAAGGGUGGUGCAGUUAGCCGGUGACUAUGCCGGUCGCCGCUCUGCCUUCGGAAAGCUUCUUAAAGACCACCCGCUGCACAUGCAGACUCUCGCUAGGAUGGAGGUGGAGACCCGCGGGGCGUUCCUUCUGGUGAUGGACACCUGUCGUCUGUUGGGCCGAGAGGAAGCUGGCAUGGCGACCCAGCUUGAUUCGCAUCUCCUGCGUCUGCUCACUCCUGUGGUCAAACUGUACACUGGGAAGCAGGCGGUGUCUGUGGUGUCUGAGGGGUUGGAAAGCUUCGGGGGACAGGGCUACAUUGAGGACACUGGGUUGCCUGGACUCCUUCGUGAUGCACAGGUUUUGAGUAUUUGGGAAGGUACAACAAAUGUUCUGUCUCUGGACGUGCUGCGCUGUGUGGCUCGCAGCUCAGGAAUGGUUCUUCACGCUUACUUCACUCAUGCUAAGUCCCUGCUAUCGGGUGCAUCGAGCGUUUCCUCCUUGGGGCCGGCAGUGAAAGCAGUAGACGGCGCACUCUCUGAGCUGCAGACGUUUGUUCAAGUAGCAGCUAAGAGAGAACCCAGCUAUCUGGAACUGGCAGCUAGAGACCUGGCAUACAGCCUGGCUCGCAUCUACACUGGUGCUCUUCUCAUCGACCAUGCCAGUUGGUCAGGAGCCUCUCCAUCUGACACCUAUGCUGCUCUCAGAUGGUGUGAACAGGAUUUGUGUCCCGUAGCGACUAAACAGGCGAGAGGCUGCUAUGAACCCAGCGCUCCACCACUCGACGCUGCACUGGUGUAUGACCGGCCCACUCAAAGCUGAACGUUCAGUGAAGACAGAUAAAUCUGUCCCUUCAUUUGUCCCGUAGUUUAAUUCCGUAGAAUAAUUAAUAACUGUAUACAAUUUUCUUGAAGUUGACUGAGACAUAAAAAAUUUAAUUUUGGUCCAGCUUCCUCCAUCAAGUGAAUAGAGAAUCAUUUUGGGCCCUGGCACCUCAUAUCUAUCCCCAGGCUGAAAAUGUCAUCUUUGAUCCAGCAGUGAAAUGAAACUCUCGCCUUCCUCAUGCCUGUUUUACUGCCUUGUUCAACUGCUACAACCAGUCUUGCCUGUCCUGUUUGCAACUAGUGCAGAAUGUUGUUACUAGACUGAUUUGGUCAAAGGGAUAAACACAGCAUCUAACAAAACAAACAAAUAAAAGAACCUCUUAAUA